AUAGGAAACAAUAAAAGGAUUUUCUCCAUCCUGGAUUAGGCUUAUUUUUACUCGCUAUUAAUAUUUUCGUGGCCAUUCAUCACACUUAAAUGUGACAUACAUGUACUUUACCUGAGUGAAAGACCCCUUCGAAUUAAACUUAAGGUCAGACUGACUGGAUGUUUUGAAAAGUAGACCACUGAAUAGGUUAUUCAUACAUAAUUAACGAUAAGAGUAUACAUCUGAUCGUACUUAUACACGUGACUGUACUAAGAGCGUUCAAAAUGGCCGAUACAAUAUUGUUUUGGGGAAGCGGUAGCGUACCUUGUUGGAGACCUAUGCUCGUCCUUGAAGAAAAGGGAGUGAAAUAUGACAGCAGACUGAUUAGCUUUGGCAACAAGGAACAUAAAGGACCAGAUGUCAUGAAAUAUAACCCCAGGGGACAGGUACCAACAUUUGUAGAUGGGGAUAUUGUCGUCAAUGAGUCGUUGGCAAUCUGCAACUAUCUUGAGUACAAGUACAGUGAUCAAGGGAACAAACUUCUUCCAACCGACGUCAAGGAGAGGGCAUUAGUUUUACAGAGACAAUACGAGGCUCUGAACCUGAACAAGAAGGGUAUUGAGGAUAUCAUAUAUAAGCACAUGAGAAACUCACCAGAUCUUCAGGAUGAGGAAAAGAUGAAAGCAAGUAUACAGGCAUUGUCAGAUGAGUUGGCCCUGUGGGAAGGUUACUUACAAACGUCUGGAGGCUACAUUGCCGGUAAAGGUUUUACAAUGGCUGACGUGAUGUUCUUUCCUUACGUUGCGUUCUUCGUGAGAAUGGGGCUGCAGCUGAAUAAAUAUCCAAACAUUAAAAACUACUACGACAACUUGGUGACUAGACCAUCUGUGAAAGCAACGUGGCCACCUCAUUGGGCAGAGUCUGCUGGAAAAGAAUGGCUCAAAGAUGCCUAAAUUCUUUAGAAAGACGCAAUCCGCAUAAUCUAAAGAUCCGCAUAAUUAAAAAAACGAUUUUGUUUAUAAACUUGUCUUAUGGCUUAGAUGGAUAGGGUACAAUAAAAGCGAGAUGCUUAUAAAUAUGAAUGUGAAGAAAAAUAUGUAGAUGUAUUAUGUGAAACAAAUCAGAGUAAUAAAAAAAUUAAAGUGAACUGAGUUCCAU